UUGGUCGGUCAUUCAUAUUACCUACACAAUGGCACAAUGGUACAACCUCUCUCUCUUUACCCCUCGUCUCUUUCUAUUCAAUACAAUCGAUUUGCAUACGAGCUUCAACUGCAGAUAAACCCUAAUCAGAGAAUAGAACCCGAAAUAAGGAGAAAAGAGCUUCAAUCUUCGUUCAAAAGGUUUUGUUUGUGUGCUGAUGAUGUAAAUGCAAUAAAGAGGAGGCAUUGCGUCAAGUUCCUAACGUCCUGGGCAGCCUGCAGAAUUUGUUCCAAAAAGACAACCAAAAUAAUGUAUGGAAGAACAGGUCUUGAUCGCUUUAAGAAAGCUCAAACUUUAGAACCAUUCUCAGUAGGUGCAAAUUCAGCUUCUAAGACAAACAUACAGCCAGCUACAAAAGCAGCCAUUCAACCUUUGACGACCCAUCCUACAUCCCAAAUAUCAUACCAGCAAACUCAGUACACAAAUCUACAUCCCUCUUCCCAGAAACCAGUGGAGACAAAUGUGCUUCCUGUGGUGCCAACUCAACAAGUGACUCAAGUUGGGGGAGGCCAAUCAACAUGGCAGCCACCUGAUUGGGCUAUUGAGCCCCGACCAGGGGUUUAUUAUCUUGAAGUCAUCAAGGAUGGUGAAGUACUUGAUCGCAUUAAUUUGGAUAAGCGUAGGCACAUCUUUGGACGCCAGUUUCAUGCUUGUGAUUUUGUUCUUGAUCAUCAGUCUGUCUCACGCCAACAUGCUGCUGUUGUUCCACACAAAAACGGAAGCAUAUAUGUAAUUGAUCUGGGAUCUGCACAUGGCACAUUUGUUGCAAAUGAGAGACUGACGAAGGAUUCCCCUGUGGAACUUGAGGCUGGACAGUCUUUGAAGUUUGCUGCAUCAACAAGGACCUAUAUCCUGAGAAAGAACAAUGCCGCUCUCUUUCCUCCACCACAACCUGCAGAAAUUAAUCUGCCCCCACCUCCCGAUCCAACAGAUGAGGAAGCUGUUUUGGCUUAUAACACAUAUCUAAAUCGUUUUGGGCUUACGAAACCAGGUACAGGGUCUAAAUUUUCAAAGUCAAGUAUGGGGGCAGAUGACAAUUCCAUCUCUGAAAGAGCUGCUAAGAGAGUUAGGAGAACUAGAGUGGCAUUUAGAGAUCAGGUUGGAGGAGAUCUGGUUGAAGUAGUUGGAAUCUCAGAUGGAGCAGAUGUGGAAACAGAACCAGGGCCGGUUGGAGUGAUAGAAGGAAGUCUAGUUGGAAAGUAUGAAUCCCUUGUACAAAUUACUGUUAUUCCCAAAGGGAGGGAGCAGUCCCCUGCGAAGGAUUCCACUGUUUCACAAACAGGUGUCACUGAAAAACUUAAACAAGUAUUGGACAAGGUUAAAAAUCCUCCAAAAGGUGGAAUAUAUGACGAUAUUUAUGGAGAAUCAGUUUCUGGUAAAGUCGGUUCCUCUUGGGCUUUUUCCACUAAUGAUCAAGCCCCCUCAACCAAUGAUCCAAAUGCAGAAUCUCCUGCUUCUUUGCCUAUAAGUAAGUCUAGCAAUGACGAUGAUGAUACGGAUGAUUUAUUUGGCUAGGCAUAUGCUUUCCUUGGUUGCAAGUGUUGAUCAGUACUCCACAAGUGAAUGGCAUGCAUUUCUUGGAAAACAUGCCAGGUAAAUGGAAAUUUUGUUGUACUUCAUCAUAUUAUUCUUUCCCUCGCUGUGCAUUGGAGGAUUUGAACUAUAACCAUCUGUCUGUCAAAAUGAAAUGGGAAAAGAUGUCUGUUAAUGUUUGUUCUCUAUUCUUAACUGAUUGAGCAUUUUAAAAGGCUACAUCAAAUUGUGGUAAAGAUCAUUUGCAAAGAUCCACUUCCAGUUGUCAGGAACAAUUGUUUGAUAGAAGUGGCUACAAUCACCAGAACAAGAAGCAGCGCUGUCUUUUCCCUGUUAGUUUUGUUCAGAAGGCACAAAGGUAAUUUGUUCCGGAUGAUAAAAUCCUUUAUGGUACAAAGAAUGGAAGAAAAGAUAACUUUGAUGUGUAUCAACAUGAUUACAUUAACUUUGCUUGCUUCUUUGCCUCUUUUUCUAACAUUUGUGAUGUGUGGAUAUGUUGUAGCCAAUGUCCAUUUUGCUGAAAAUUGCCUUUGUUGUUCACUUACAUGUCAAUUUGAUGUAUUGAUUCCAUAACUUGUGAGGUUAA